GCCGCACGUCCAGUGUUCGUUGGAAUAGUGGGUACCGCAAGCGCGUGCAACUGUUGAUAUAUAUAUACCGUCAAGUAUUACUGUUCGGGCGAAUUUUUUUUUUUUUUUUCGUUCCGCCGCCGCCGCCGCCGCCGUACGGUGGGAGCUCCGAGGAGUCCUUUCAGUGUUCGCCGUCCACUCGUCCCCCGAAGGAAUACCAUUGUAGUGUAACCGGUGGCGCCGUACGUACAGCAGGUAGGUAUCCAUUGUACCCAAAAUACGCGUCGUCACACGUCGAGUGUUCCAACGAUUAUAGUAAUACUAUCGACGAGAAGAAAACCUCUCGCCCACGCCGUACCGCAAGACAACAAUAUAAAAAUAAUAAAUCAACAUUGUUAUAACGAUAUUGUUUUAUAGUGUAUAAACUAUCGAACGACAGAGUCGUGACAAAUCGCCAGCGCCGGACCGAAGCAAGAUUCGCAAUGUCUUUCUUUCAGGAGGAGAACGACGAGUAUGAAGAUGUGAGCACUGUUAUGGUUCGAAACUCGCAUCUUGAUCUCAUGGAUCAAGAUAUUUUAUAUCAUUUGGCUCUAGGAAGUGGUUCACAUGACCUUAGAGCUAUGUUCGGUGAUGUUAAGUUUGUGUGUAUGGGUGGGACGCCAAAACGCAUGGAACAAUUCGCUUAUAGAUUAAUGGAAGAAAUAUCAUACAAAAUACCUACAGGUACCACGUUGCAAGACAUCAGUCGAUAUUCGUACAGAUACUCAAUGUACAAAGUAGGCCCCGUUUUGUGUAUAAGCCACGGAAUGGGAAUGCCUUCGGUGGGAAUUCUUUUACACGAGAUCAUUAAACUGAUGUUCCACGCCAAAGUCGUAGAUCCUGUUUUCUUUAGGAUAGGUACAAGUGGUGGUAUUGGGCUGGAAGGCGGAACCGUGAUCAUUUCCGACGAGGCUGUUGAUGGAACUCUCCAACCAUUUUUGGAAUUACAAAUUUUGGGUAAAACUGUGAAAAGGAGUUCAGUCCUUGAUAAGAAACUUCAGUGGGAGUUAAAAUCGCUAGCAGAACCGGACGACCCGUAUCCAACAGUAAUCGGCAAGACUGUAUGCACCAGUGAUUUCUAUGAAGGUCAAGGACGUAUGGACGGAGCAUUUUGCGACUUCACAGAAGAAGAAAAAAUGGAAUAUCUAGAGAAAUUAAAAUUUAACGGUGUGAGGAAUAUCGAGAUGGAAUCAUUAGCUUUCGCAGCGCUCACGCACCAUGCGGGAAUUAAAGCAGCCGUGGUUUGUGUCACACUGUUGGAUCGACUAAAGGGAGAUCAGAUCCAUUAUCCCAAAGAGGUAUUGGACGAAUGGCAGCAGAGACCCCAGAAAUUGGUAUGCCGUUACAUAAAGAAAUACCUUUCAAAACGGGGUUUGAUAUUGAACAACCAUUGUGGAUCGGUGAACGUCAAGAGCCCGAGAAGGUUUAAGCUCGUCCAGCAAGAAUCCGAAAGUUAUGACUAAACCAAACAAUUCAAUACAAUACGCUUCUGGACGUGCGGCUCUACACGAUACGCUCCUAAAUAAUAUAAUAUUAUGCUAUAACCGUUGACGAUAAAAUACUAUCUAUCUAUAAUAUUCACGAUAGUAUAUUAUUUAUAUGAUUUACGUGGUUUCGUGUUAAAUAACGCUAUUUUAUUCCAAUUAUUUCUUCUUUUUAAAGACUUUUUCAUACUUAAUAUUAUAUUCUAUCUUUAUAUCAUACACCUAUAUAUAUAUAUAUAUAUUAAAUAUACCUAACCUACCAUUAAAUAUUAUAAAUUCAACAAUAUAUAUCCCACUCUUAAAAUAUUUUUGAAUGUUUUGUAUAUUAACUAUGUGUGUAUUAACUAUUAACUAUUAAUUAUAACUUCUCUGUAAUAAAAAACUUAGUGUACUAGCGAUAUUUUAACUGGUAGUUAACUAAAAUACUCACUUAUAUAAGAUUUACAUAUUAUUUCAUUAAACCGGGUUUUAGUGAUAUAUUAACCUUACUUGUUAGUUGUUUAAUGUUCAAAUAUAUCUAUAGUUGAUUAUAGCCGUACAAUUUGUACUUGAAUAUCACAUCUACGAAAAAUAUCCUAUCUUUUCUUAGUAAAAAUAUUUUACGCGUUUCAUUAUAAAAAUGGUUUUUUUUUAAACAACGUAUAUUGUUUACAAAGCCUUUGACUACAUUAUUAUUGCUCAAAAUUCGUUUGCACGUAAUUCCAAACACCAAUAAAUAGGCAACUAAUAAUGAUACAAAUACAAAUUACAGUUAACAGCCUAUGUUAUAUAGAAGAUUUACACAGUUUAGAAUUUUUUUAAUUAUAAACAAUAAUAUUAAUAUAUUUUAGCAAAUUUAGGUAUAAUAAAAAGUAAUGUUAGUAUAAUAACCAAUAGCACUGUUAAAUGUACCUAAUAUUGUUAUUCAAUGGUAGUUUAUAGUUAAAUAAAUGUUUUUUAAUAACCUAUUUUACUGACUAUAAUAUCUUAUUGGACUUUUUUUCAAUUUAUAUUGUUUAAUAUUUAUUAUAAUACAAAAUGACCUUCUUGUAUUAAUAAAUAUUUAGAGGCGAUUGUUAAUUAUUGUAUUUUAAAAUUUAGUAUAGCCUCAUGUAUAAGAUCAUGUUAAUUAUUUUUCCUGUACAUUUUAUGUAAUUACAAAAACCAAGAGAACUGUACAUUAUAUAAAACGCACAGUAAAUUUUUGACUCAAUGUAAAAUUAUUUUUAACAUAAUAUAACUAUUUAUAUAAGUGUAACAUAUUCAACCAUAUAUAAUAACUAUUAUUAGAUUGUAAUCGUCAAUUUUAUAUGUUAUUUAGUUAGAGCAUUUAUAAAUCAACGAUUUAGAUUAGAUUAAUUUAAUUACUAUACCUAUAUAAAAUAUAUAUGUAUAAAAGAAAAUGUAAAUCAACAACCAUUACAAAUAAUAAUAUCAUACCUACUGUAUACAUUUUAAAAUUAAAUAUAUACGAGUUUGAUAAAAAAAA